AUGGCGCUGGCCUAUCUGCUGAAAACUCUCAUGGACGAAACGUCCAAUGCAUCCGAUUCCACUCGUCUUCAUGCCCUUGUCAUCGAUCACAAUGCACGACGGAACAGUCAUCGGGAGGCUUUGGCAGUCUCGGCCUGGUUGGAGAAGAUGGGAAUAUCUUCCACGGUGGAUGUGAUCGACUGGAAAGGCCAAAGCCCUACGCAAAUGACCAAUUUUGAGUCCGAAGCUCGUACCAAGCGUUACAAUCAGCUCGCUUCCUUGGCUAGGACAAAUGGCAUUGGGCAUCUCUUUACUGGCCAUCAUCUGGAUGAUCAGCUCGAGACGCUCCUGAUGCGGUUGAUACGGGGAGACAAUCCUUCGCUUCUUGCGCUACGUGGCAUGCUCUCUCCUACAGUGGUGCCGGAGUGCGAAAGUCUCCGCGGUGUACACAAUGCCGAGCCGUCCGUAUCGAUGGAGUCGAUCUUCCGACAGGACAUUGAUAUUGGUCUCUCGGAAACACCCCCUCAUAUGAUGGCAAUUCAAGAGACUCGGUUGGGCCAGAAGCUUUACACCUGCGACGGAGCGAUUCUGGGUCUACGCCAUGGGGGUAUAGCACUGCACAGACCAUUCCUCCAAUUUACGAAAGAUGCUCUCGUUGCCACCUGCGAAGCAAACGGAGUACCCUACGUCAAAGAUAAGACCAACGACGACCCAGCAUUCACUCGAAGAAAUGCCAUUCGAGUACUCCGCUCCCGCCAUAAGCUACCUCAUGCGCUCCAAGAUCCAUCACUCCUGCGACUAUCUCAAACAGCACGUGACACUCUGCAAGUCAUCUCAAGCCGCGCCUCGAAACUCCUGCGUGGGAUCUCUAUCCUGACAUUUGAUUUUCGCUCUGGUGUGGCCUAUUUGCGCAUUCCAACCAGCUUUGCAUCUCUGGUCGAAGAGGACAACAAUGUCGCAGCUUACAUAGUGGCUAAACUGUCUAGCUUGGUCAGCUCCACAUCCGCAGAUAAGCAAGAAGCUCUUGCGCCCGGCUCGAUUACAAGUCUAUUAUGGAAGUCUUUGUCGGAUCGCUUCUGGUACGCUCCAGGAAACUUGAGGCCGCCCAAGUUCACCUACAAUGGCGUGCUCUUUGAAGGUCUCCACGGGUUGCAGUCAGUGGUCGGAAACUCGACUAUCUGGCGCCUGUCCCGAGCGCCUCUCACGUCACAAGAGCGAGAGCUCCUCUGCCCUGGCUUUCGCCCAAGCGGCAACCCAAACAACAGCACUAGUCCGUGGUUGUUGUGGGAUCAUCGCUUCUGGAUUCGCAUCCAUUUGAGACUUGUUUCCAGGACGCACCUGUUCAAAGGACCGGCAACCGACAUGAUGAAGGCUAUUAGAAUACGCCCGUACCAUAUCGACGACGCCCCGAAAUUGAAAGCUGUGAUGCGGGAGAAAGAUUGGAAAAAGCUGCAGUCCAUUCUUCAUCAGUGUGCUGCAGGCAAGACGCGUUACACUCUGCCAGUCCUGACAUUCAACGGUCAGGUUGUUGCCUUCCCAACCCUAUCCAAGUUUCUGGUCUGUGCGAACGAAUGUCAAUCUCAAAUAAAAUCAAUUGGCUUUGGUGACAGCUCUUUCACCUGGGAAGUGGCAUACAAGCUGCUGCCAAAAGAUGUGUCGCAGUGGGGGUCGAAUAUCACUAUGACACCUGCAGACGCCGAAGCCGCCAGAGAGCAUCCCGGGGAAAGCAGCCACGGAUCCUUUGGCCUGGAUACGCAGGAAGCCGAGUCGACCGUCGAAUGCAGAUCGGCGUGCGGGUAA